UAAGAGUUCUACAAAGAAAUAACUAUUGUGUUAAUAUUAGUUUAUACCUAGAAAUGAAACCGCUGACUGGAAAGAAGAAGGGGGCGUUCUCAAGGGCCACAGAAACGCCAAAGAAAGCUCAAGCUAAGGUGGCCACUCCAGAGGCCGCAGCUCCUGCUAAAUCUUCUGCCCCACCAGUGUCUUCUAAGAAAGUAGCCAAAGCUCCAGCCGUGGCUCUGAAGAAUCUCGAGUUGGCCAGGAAGGAGUCGGCUAUAAAGAUCGCCGAAAAUGCUGUCUCUUCGGCCAAGAAAGCUGCCGAGACUUCUGGCAAGAAAUUGGGUGCGAUUUCGGAAACUUCAGCGCCGUUGCAUGUUAAGAAGAGGUCUGCACCUCCAACACGUGAGAAUGCCAGGAAACCCGCUGCCAAAAAGGUAUCCCCAAUACAACCGCCCAAGGAGAAAUCCCCGCCAGCCCCAAAGCCCGAAAAGAAGGAAGUCGUAGCACCCAAACCGGAACCAGCUCCUGAAACUACAGGAAAAAAGGCUGCUGCCCCGGCUAAACCAAAACCCAAGCCGAAACGCCCGAAGAAUGUGCUGCGCGGAAAGAGGAUGGCCAAAAAGAAGGUCUGGCAACGCUUCGUCAUCGAUUGCGACUGCGUGGCCGAGGAUUUGAUCCUGGAUGUCGCCGACUUCGAGAAGUAUUUGAAGACCCACAUCAAGGUGAAGAACAAGAUCAACCAGCUGAACGAUCUGGUGACCUUCGAGCGGAUCAAGAACUCCUCGCUGGUGAUCCACACUGCGGUGCACUUCUCGAAGAGGUACUUCAAGUACUUGGCCAAGCGCUAUCUCAAGAAGCACAGCCUGCGCGAUUGGGUGCGAGUUGUGUCCACCGGCAAGGAGACCUUCACCAUGCGCUACUUCAAGAUCCAGGGACAGGAUGACGACGACGAUGAUGACGAACCGGUGGCGAAGACCAAACUCUAGAGUGUAUCCUU